AUGGAUAAUUCAAUGUCUGUGGACUUUUCAAAUUUACUUGAAAAUAAUGAAGAUUAUAACGUAAAAAUUAUAGUUGGCGAGGAACCAAAUAUUAAAGAAUUUAAAGUACAUUCGAUAAUCUUAUCUUCUAGGUCAAUUUAUUUCAAAAAUGCAUUGUCUUCACGAUGGGCAAAGAAAGAAGAUGGAAUCAUCGUUUUUAAUAAGCCUAAUAUUGCACCCUUGGUAUUUGAAGUACUUAUAAAGCAUAUUUAUACAGGAGUACUUUCAGUUGGAAAUAAUGAAGUUAAUCUUAUAGAUGUCAUCAUUGCUGCCGAUGAGCUUCAAUUACUUGAACUUUAUCAACAACUUGAAAAUCAAUUGCUUGGGAAUAAAUUGACUUGGAAACCAAAAGAUAUUAUUACAGCUUUGGAACACGAUCGUUUUACUAAUUUAUAUAAUUUUGCAUUAGGAUUAAUGAAUAGAAAUCCUAAAAUUAUCUUUGAAUCAGAAUAUUUCUCAAAAAUUACAGAAGUUCAACUUAUUCAGCUUUUGAAAAGUGAUGAGCUUGAAUUAGAAGAAAUUAAAAUUUGGGAAUAUUUAAUUAAAUGGGGAAUUGAAAAUACCGAUUCUAUUUUAGAUGAAGAUUCAAUUAAGUGGACACCAGAGAAUUUUGUGGAUCUAAAAAAUACUUUACAUAAUUGUAUUUUUCACAUUCGAUUUUUUAAUAUGUCACCUAAUGAAUAUACAAAAGCUACGUUCCAUUUUAAAGGUAUUCUACCAGAUGGUCUUGAUGAAGAAGUUUUACGAUAUUUUUCAGAUCCUAAUUCCAAGCCUUCAUUCAAUAUUUUACCAUUAAGAGGGUAUCCGUUUGACUCUAAGAUUAUUAAUUCUAAAGAUGCAGCACUAAUAGCAAGUUGGAUCAAUAAGAAACGAACGCCUUAUCAUUAUAAAAGUUUACCUUUUAAAUUUAAACUUAUUUAUCGUGCUAGUCGAGAUGGUUUUGGAAUUAAUAAGUUUCAUAACAAUUGUGAUAAUAAGGGAUCAACAGUCGUUGUCUUUAAAGUCCGUAAUUCAAAAGAAAUAAUUGGCGGAUAUAAUCCAUUAGAAUGGCGUAGCGUUAAAACAGAAGAAAAUGAAACAUCAUCUCUAUUAUCUCAUAAUCAAGAUUUUUAUAAUAAUUAUAAUUAUAAAUGCAAAACAUCAAAUAGUUUUAUAUUUUCAUUAACAAAUCAAAAAAUUCCUAUAUUAAGCCGAAUUUCCUCCAAAGAAGAAGCAAUCGUUUGGUGUAGAAAUAAAGGACCAUGCUUUGGUUUACAAGAUUUGUGUAUCAAACCUUUAAGUAAUGUUGGCGUCAUUUGUGAAAGCAGGCAGCAUUCUUAUGAAAAAAAAAUUAUUAACAGAGAAAUUUUUGAAAUAGAAGAAUACGAAGUAUUUCAAGUUGAUAAGGGAUUUUUUAAUAGAAUGCUUCAAUUUAUUACGAAGUGGUUCAAGAAAAUUUUUCUAUAUAUUAUGAUGAAAAUAAUUCUUAUUAUUAAGAUAAUUAUUCAUAUAAGUUUACUCUUGAUUCAACUCUCAUUGUGUAUAGUAAUGUUUCCAUUAGCUUUCAUUCUACCUGGUUAUUUAUUGUAUAUUAGUGAUAUUGAGAUUACUGGUCCUCUUACAGCUUUUGCAGUCAUUUUUGCAUAUUUUUUCAUGCUUAUAUUAUUAUUCAUGACUGUUAUUUAUAUAAUGCGUUGCGUUAAUGAAUAUAUAGAACGUAUCUGCAACAAGCUUUUUGGUGGUUACAACACUUCAUCCUAUGCAAGGUAUUGUUUAGAGAUAGCUAGCUGA